AUGGAAUCGAUGCAGUCGAUCCUACCACCGACAGUAACGCCCGGAUGGAACGAUCCGCCAAACUUGGGCGGUGCGGCUGCUCCUACUGCGUCAAAUCGGCUAUCGCACUUAAGGAAAAGGCUUGUCGAUCCGUCUAUAUCUAGCGUAUCACCUAGCAGUGGUAUGAUGCCGCACCAAGCUCCUGAUCAGGAAUAUAUCCAUAGAACCGAUAGUGCGAAUCAACAAGCACAUCCACAUGGUCAUGGUGGCCACGCCGCUUCUCAGCAAUAUGGAGUAGUGCCGACACCUGUCUCUGUGGGGAUUCCAACCUCGGCUCCAAUUCCCGGAGUGACAACGACCCAGGCUACAACACAGGCUCAUAUGCAGCCUCAACAACAAUAUACUCAUCAUUUAGCACCAAUUCAUAGUGUCCCUAUGACCUCAGCAUAUCAGCUACCUCAGACAGCCAUCACACCGGAUCAUCUACCUCAGCAACCUCAACAGCAACAAUAUCCGACCGCUGCAUUCCAUGCUUACUCGCAAGGAAUGCCAGCGGCACAGCAUAAUCAAAUGUCAGCUGAUGGUGCGGUGCAACCGCAGCAAAUAGACCAACAAAAUGUCCAGUUAGCCAGUAACCAGCAGUUUUUUCAACAACAACACUAUCACGGAGCACCACCAAUACACAGGCAGCGUAUCACGAAUUUUGACAUAGCACGAAAAUCCCAGAAGACCGGUAGAGUUCGGAUUAACCUAGCGAGUACAUCACCGUCCGCGUCACCUGCCGAAUCUUCCGCUUCUCACUAUUUAUCUGCCUCUACGACGUCAUCAUUGACGUCUUCACCAAGUGCCAUCACGACGUUGUCCACUUCAUCACUAUCGAUGCCGUCAUCAACGACGCAACGCGAAGUUCACCGUCCGGUUUACGAUGCGUUUACCGUAGCAGGUGGCGGUCCCGGUUCAAAAUCAGCAGAUCCAUUUCUUAUUCGUUCACAUUCAAAUCCUAAUCAACAUAACACUCACGUAGCAUGGGCGGCCACGUCGAAUGACUCGUCUUCGGCGACGGUUGCUUCAUCAGCUUCGUCGUCGCCGACGACAUCACGACCAGUGCCCUCCCUUAAAACAGUUUCCACCACCUUACUGUCAUUUCAAUCGAAUGACGUCAUCGCUUCGCUGCCGAACUGUGUGGUGGAUUCGGCCCGAAGACCAUCCACACAUGAAGGAAUCAAUUAUCGACGACUUCAAAAAGCCCCAGGAGACGUUUCAAUGAGUCGACAACAAUUAAUUCUUUGUCUAUCCGCAGCUAGUAAGAAAUUAUCACCGAACAUCUGUCGAGGCAUCCAGCUACGCAUACGUGAAUUGGAAGACGCAAUGAAAGAGGGACGAAUCUCGGAGAAAUGUCUGAAAAGUCUUAACUAUGUGGUGGAUUCUAUUGAUCGAGAGAAGUAUGACGAUGCGCACACAUUCUUCGAUCGAUUAAAAGCGGAAUUUCCCGAUGAGAUGGGCCCAUGGGCCCAGCAAGGCAUACUUCUACUCAUCAACGAACUCCGAAAGCCCUCAUCACGUAUCGGCUCGGCGGGCCCACAUCUACGCUCUCAGUGA